AUGUCGCGCCACGACGUAAAUCCAUCCGUCGUGACAGAUAAGCGUGAGCUAGCAGAACGUUUCGCCACCGCGAAGCUCCUCGUGGACCAGUACACGCAAAGCCAUUGCCUUACCGACUGGAGCGGGCCUAUGGGUUGGGAGGAGCAAGAGGCAAGUUCCCGAGCUCUGGACUUCGAGCGGCGCCAGCUCCUCUCCAGUGGCCUCCUGAGCGAAGGGCAUCCCAUGCUCGGUGAGUAUGAGCUCUUCUACUGGCCCAUCACCGGCCUUGGUGAGCCCAUCAGGCUGACAUUCAUUGUUGGCGGCAUCCCCUUCAAGGACACGACACCGAAGACCGACGAGAAAUUCAAUGACAGGAAGAUGGAGCUGCACCCGUACGCGCCCGAAGCUACGGGGCUUCCCAUCCUGACUGUCGACGGCAAGGCCUACGCACAAAGUCGGGCUAUUCUGCGAUAUGUCGGCCGCAUUGCGAAGUACGAGGGCUCGGAACUUUAUCCGAUUGAUCCCAUGGAACAGCUGGAGUGCGAUGAUUACAUUGAACUGGGCGAGGACCUGCGUAUGCCCAUCCUGUCUACCUUCCGCAUUCAGGAACAGGCCGAGAAGGAGGCAGCACGCGCAGCUCUGGUUGGCCCUGAUGGAGGCGUGACCAAGUUCUUGAAG